UGUCUUCGUCCGACCGCACAAGAAGUGCACGCACGAUAGUUACGUGUUAAUGAAAACGGGCAUCAACCUCUCCAAUUACACCACUAUCCCGGAGGAACUGCUCGAGCAAGUUGCUGCGGCGUCUCAAGAGUUUGGAAAAAAAAACGAUAUUUUCCUCCACCAAAAAAACUGCGUCGGCUCGCUUGCGCAAGGGGUGUGCGUUCGCCCGCACUUCUCCCGGCGAAUUCAGAAGUGGAGGGAGCUCGACCAGUUCUACAUAACCGGUUGCGACGUCCCGAAUGUCGCUGUUUGUUCUACAAUCCAGUCGCCGCUUGGACUUGACCACCGCCACAAGUAUCUUCGCCUUUGGGUCGAGUUUGCCUACCAGCGGCGUAACGUUAUGCGGAAAAAGAAGGAUGACAAUAGUAGUGAACAGCCACCCGCCCCGCUGUGGCGGGCAACUCCUGGCGCCAGACACCAGUUCUCGCGGGCUGUAGUCGACCUUCUCUGCCCAGAGCCACAACAAACCAACGCUGACGCAGCGGCCGACGCGGAGGCCCCAGGCAGUGCGGGGCAGCUCGAGAAUGAUGACGCCGCCAACCUCCCGCUCGAUCUUCCGCUGUCAAGCAUACCUGAGGCACUUGUUCGGGCACAAGGAAUCCUGAAGUCUUCAGCAGAGGAGGAGUUGCGCCGUUACAACAAAUCGCACAACUACAAAGUCCGCCAGCGUCUUGAUCUCCGUGUGCGCAUCCUUCGCAAGACGAUCCGGAAAUUUUCGGCCGCUCUCAGCCCUGACGACGAAAGUGCCAAUCUCAACUACCAAAACGCAUGCCAGCAGCUUUCGGCCGUUCUGGAGGAGCGGGCGGCUUUUCUGGAGACGCAGAAAAGUGCGUUCAAUACGGACUACCAUGUGCGCUGCCAGCGCACGCUCAAGAAGAACCUGCAGAAGGGUGCUGCUUUCGACCCGAAGGAUGCUGCUGAACAUUUCCAGAAAGUAAGCGUUGCUCCAGGGGUGCCCAAUGCUGAUCUAAUCCGCAGUGCCGUUCAGCCACUUGAUGACGAGGGGCGGAAGCUUCUCCUGCGGGAGUUUACUGCUGAAGAAUGCCGGGGCGCUGCGAUGAGGCGCAAGAACUCGCUUCAGGUCGACUUGUUUGGGGACAGCGUUGCACUUUGGAAAGCCCUCAACCAUGAGGCCUGGACCGUCAUCGCCCGCAUUCUGAACCACCACCGAGCCACCAACUUUGCCGACAUUGACGUUAAGGACAGCGACGACAAGAUUCUCGCUGCCUCUGUCCG